UUUAGUAUGUGGUAAUGUCAGCGCCGCCAUGUCAUCAUUGUCUGGCCACGCGUCCACAAUUCAGCCAUCAUGUCUCGGAUUCUGCGGUCGAACCGUCCUCGUCGGCAACUAUUCUGAAGACGUGGAGGCGACGACGACGGCGGCCGGAUCCACGUCGUUGUCAAGAUGUGGACCAUGUUCAUUUGGAUAUCGAAACAAUGCCAUGUCAAUAUGCGAAUCAUGUGAUACUCCACUACAACCAUACGAUUGGAUGUACCUUUUGUUUAUCGCCUUACUCCCAUUGCUUCUGCAUAUGCAAUUUAUCAGAAUAGCCAGAAAGUACUGCCGAACACGCUACUACGAAGUCUCCGAAUACUUGUGCGUUAUUCUGGAGAACGUCAUCGCCUGUGUCAUUGCCGUGCUCAUCUAUCCACCGAGAUUCACAUUUUUUCUUAACGGGUGCUCGAAGACUGACAUUAAAGAAUGGUAUCCAGCGUGCUAUAAUCCAAGGAUAGGAUAUACGAAAACAAUGAGAUGCACUUAUGAAGUUGUAUUUCCAUUAUAUUCAAUCACGUUCAUUCAUCAUUUGAUAUUAAUCGGCUCGAUUCUGGUACUCCGUUCAACACUCUACUGCGUUUUGCUCUACAAAACAUACAACGGAAAACCAUUCUACGCAGCAAUCGUCUCGGUUCCUAUCCUGGCUGUGAUUCAUGCAGUUCUCUCUGGCGUUGUCUUCUACACAUUUCCGUACAUUCUCCUCAUCGGGUCACUUUGGGCAAUGUGCUUCCAUUUGGCUUUAGAAGGAAAACGACCAUUGAAGGAAAUGAUUGUUCGUAUUGCCACUUCUCCAACACAUUUGAUAUUCUUAUCGAUAACGAUGUUGAUGCUCUCAUUCGGUGUUAUUGCUAUCAUUGCUCCACUAGACAUCCCAUACCGUUGGUCAUUCCUUUGUAUAGUACCGGUCCCGUUCAUCUUCUAUAUGGCAACAAUUCCGUUUAGCAAUCCGACGACGACGAUGCGUCUCAGUUGAUGUGUAGAAUUAGACGUUUUUUAUGAAUUUAUGCUCCAAAUCAUAAUAAUAGAAUGUGAUACUCUUCAUCCCUGUCUUUAUAGUGAUAUCGAUCAAAUUUGUAGUCAUUUCAUGUAAAAUAAUUAAAUUUCAGUUUUUCCAGUGAAACAUCAUCAUCAUUCAAGAAAAUGCACUUUCUUGGUUCAGUUAGAAAUGUAGCUGUUUUAAAUUUCCUUCUCUCUCUCUUUUUUUCCUUAUUCACAUUUUCCGGUCUUUCUUCUACUUUCCUCUCCAUCAUUUCUCCCCGUUUGUGCUCGUUUUUUCGUGAUCACAAUAUAUAUUGCCAUCUCCCAAAACCUGUCACCCGAAUUUCCAAAGAAUCCCUAUUCCCAAAUCUCUUCACUCCUACUUUCAUUUUUCGGAAAGCGACUCUCUUUUUCUAAUGACAAAAUCUUUAUCCAUCCCACCACAAGCCCAACGGGUCACCCGUUCGAUAUUCCAUUCAAUUGUUAUUUUUAGAACGUUUUUUUUCCUGUAAAAAUUUAUCUGAAAUUCAUGAACUAUUGUUUCAAUUUAUUCCUUCUUGUAGGCUAUAGCUUGAAAUGGGAUCGCCUACUGUUAUAUACCUUCUAACAUUAAUAUCACAUUUAAAAGAACAAAGAUUUUCAGACUAAUGUAUAUAAAA